UAAUAUAAUAGUUGAUAAUUGUUUUCAAAUUAAAUAAAUUAUACGUAAUUUAUUGCUAAUGAUUAUAUUCAAGCGGUAAAAUAUUAUAAAAUAUUACUAAACAUACAUCAAAUACGUAUCUAAAAAAAAAAACAAUCAUUUUUCAAAUGUAAAUAAUGUAAAUAAAAAAUAAUAUAAACUCGAAGUAUCUUCUUAAAAUGUUCCAAAAAAAAAGUUUUUAUAUCAAAUUAUGAUAGAUCAACAUUUAAAUUGAGUUUUUGCUUUACUGUAUAAGAGAAAACACUUUCAUUCUGCAUGUAUUUAUAUUUUAUGAAAGAUUAUUGAUUUUAUAAUUGGAUCUUAAUAAUUUAAUAACUUAAUAAUUUAAGUUUCAAGACAGGUUCAAGGCAGAUAUAUAUUUUAAGUUUUAAUCUACGUAAUGUAGUUUGAUAUUGUAUUCUACGAUACAAAUCUGUAGUAAAAACAGAUAAAAUGUGAUAAAUAUCAGAUAUAACUUUUCAUUACAUUAUUCAAGAAUAUUUUAUGAUAGCAAUAAAUUUAAAUAAAUAAAAUUUACAUAUCAUCCAUUAACCUUUAACCUAAUUGAAUCAAAUGACGAGGUUCAUAUGAUAAAAAUAGCAUUGCAAAGAGUUACACAACGAUAACAAUCAUAUAAAAUAAAAAGUAUUUACGUGAUAAUUCUGUGACAUAAAAAUCAGCGCUAAUAAAAGUAAACUACUUCAAAUCAGCAUAAAUUGCUUCAAAGCAACAGUCAGUCUAUUCAUUUUGUGCGUGACACGCGUAUCUAGACAGUACGUUAAAAUCAUAAAAUAUCGUUUGCUGAUUGUAAAAAUUUAAUUUUUAUUCUUGAUAAAAACUCAGAAACAAUAAAAAAAUAAAUUGCAUUUGCAAUGUGCAGUGUUAUCUAUUUAUAGUAAAUUGAUUUUUAAUUUAUAAUUUUGUGCAAACAAUUUUUUGUGCAAAUAAUGUAGACUGUUCAUUAUCUCGACAAAAAAUAUAUUGGGAAAGCAACAGUAACGUUCUUUUCUCGCGUAAUCAAUUGGAAAAUCAGUGUGAUGGAGCUCUCUACUUUAAUUCUGAUUAUUAUCACGGCAUGCAUCAGUCUAUAUUAUUUUAUCCUGAGCAAGCUGUCCCAUUUCAAGCAGUUAAAAAUUCCACAUGUGCGACCAAUUCCAUUAUUGGGCCACUUGACGCCUUUCGUUUUCCGACGUUUGACACUGGAAGAAAACAUUCGCAAAAUAUACAAUGUGUUCCCGGAUGUGAAGUAUUUCGGUUUCUAUGAAUUUAUGACGCCGGUCUACGUGAUUCGUGACCCGGACUUGAUCACCACAAUUGCCAUCAAAAACUUUGACAAUUUCUGCAAUCACAAUAAUUUUUUAACUGAAACCGAUCCGUUACUCAGUAGGAAUCUAUUCAACUUAAAAGGCGACCAUUGGCGUGAGAUGCGAAAGCUAAUCAGCCCUACCUUCACAAGUGGGAAAAUAAAGAUAAUGUUUAAACUGAUGUGCGAAUGUGCAGAGAACCUUGUCGAUUUUCUGGCGAACGAUUCUGGAAAUAUCGGCAAAACGUACGACAUGAAAAAUCUGCUGGGCAGAUACGCCAACGACGUGGUGGCCACGUGUGCUUUCGGUAUAAGCGUGGAUUCGUUCAAGCAUCCGAACAACGAUUUCCUUCUUCUCGCUAAGGAAGCCGCAAAUUUCACCGCUAAUCCUGUCAAAUUCUUAAUUAUUAAAAAUUUUCCGCUACUUGGAAGACUUCUCGGAUUGAAAAUAUUCAGUUCAAGGGUAAGCAGUUUCUUCAAAGAAAUUAUUGCCGAUACAGUGAAGACUAGAGAUGAGCAGAAAAUUAUUCGUCCAGACGUGAUUCACUUAAUGAUGGAGAAAAGAGAUAAUGAUCACGGUCUUAUCAUCGACAUCGAUGAGAUGACCGCACAAGCGUUUAUCUUUCUCGUCGCUGGAUUAUCUUCAACAUCAAUAACCAUGUCCUUUCUAACAUAUGAAAUCGGAAUCAAUUUUGAUGUCCAGAACAAAUUGAGAGCCGAGAUUGACGAUGUUCUUGCUCGAACCGACGGCAAGCCCACUUACGAGGCCAUCAGCCAAAUGAAGUACUUGGAUGCUGUGAUAAAUGAGACCCUUAGAUUGUAUCCGCUGGGAGGUUUCAUCGACCGAAUAUGCGUCAAAGAGUUUGAAUUACCACCAGCGACUCCGGAUGGCGAACCGAUCACGCUGAAGCCCGGAAACAGCGUCUGGUUUCCGCAUUACGCUCUGCACCGCGAUCCUAAAUAUUAUUCUCAGCCGGACAAGUUCGAUCCCGAUAGAUUCUUGAAUGAUGAAGUAGAUAACUCGGUGUACAUGCCAUUCGGCAUUGGACCCAGAAUCUGCAUAGCUAACAGAUUUGCUCUAAUAAAACUGAAAGUCAUGUUAUUUUAUUUGCUAUGGCGUUGCGAUCUCGAGCCGGAUACGGAUAAGACUAAGAUUCCCAUAGUACUCAGUAAAAAAGUUUUUGUGAUGCAGCCGGAAGACGGUUUCUGGUUAAAAUUGCGAAUGAGGAAGUUAAAGGCUCCUGUUACAUCAUUAUCGAAAGAAAGUGUAUGCGAUGAUUAAUCAUAUUUGUGACUCAUUUCACGCAUGAAAUUGUGUUUAAAGUAUAUAAAAUUUAAAAUAUAUAAAGUAUAUAAAAUACAUAAAGUUUUUAAAUUAGUGAAUCCAUAUAAUAUACAUUGUUCUCGUUCAAAUAUUUAAUAUAGAAAGAUUCAAUAUUGCAAAAAAUAUUUUUUUACUUUAAAUAAUAAAAAAAAUACUUUCAUAAAUAUUUUAGUUGUGUUAUUAUCAAAUUUGACAUAUACAUGUUAACUUUGUAAACAAAUCAUGCACGUUUGUGUUUUAGAAAUAAUAUUAUUAGAAUAUUAGAUAUUAGAUAUUAAUUAGAUAUUAAUUAUAUUAAUUAUAUUUUUAUAGUAUGCAGUAUUCUAAAAAUGAAAGUUAUAAUAAAUUUCUAAUUUAAUAUCAGUUAUAUAAAAUAAGUUUAGAUAAAUCGUAAUAUAAAAAUUUGGAAUAUAUUGGAAUAUUGGACAGAAUGUUCUGUGUGAAUAGAUAAGUUAACGUUGAUUGCGAUUCAGUUUAGUUGCUUUGAAAAAAUAAUUUAAAUAACAAUUUGCUAACAAUUAUUCCAUUUAAUAUUUGAUUAUAUAAAUGGUUGCUAAUCCUAUAAAAAAUAUUUAGAACAAAAAUGACAUAUUUUUUAAUUUAAUUACAUUUAUACUAUAAAUGAAAAUAUAAGUUAAUAACAAAAUAUAAAUAUUAAUUUUAUUCUUUCGCCAGAAAAUCCUACUGUAAGGGACAUCUACUGAUUUUUAUUUAUCUCGAGGAAACCGGCGUGGUUUUAACACCGACAUUCUUUUCUACGAUUAUUCGUAGAUACAAAUAUUAAAAAGU